CCAAGAUGAGAUCGACAUUCCUCGUAUAACAUGAUGGGACUGGGACAUGUUGGACACAAUUGGAGUAACCAAGAAUGGAAGGCCGUAAGUAUCAUCACCAAAAGAUCUUCUUAAGUAUCGCUCAAGUCCCGUCACAUGCACAUGUAAGUCCGACCUCUUAUUCCACCUCCUGUUCGCAACCGUCCGAGUACUGUCCCUAGUCUUCAAAAUGGCCAGCAUAUCCAGGUCGCACGAAGUGCGCGAGAUCAACGACGCAGGGAAAGUCGCCGACAUCCUUCAACAGGUCCACGAUGAGAAAGACGCCGCCGCGGUCCAUGACGAGUUGGCUCGUUCCAAGGCCGGCGGGUACAUUCCUCAGACCAGCGAGGAGAAGCAUCAAUCUCAGGCCUUGAACCGCAAAUUCGACAUAUUUUUGCUUCCAGUCUGCGUGAUGAUAUAUCUCUUGAACGGCCUCGAUCGGUCGAAUCUGGGUAACGCGCAAACAGGAGGCUUUACCAAGGAUUUGGGCAUUCCUGCUGACACCAUCAACACCGCGACGUCGCUGUUCUUCUGCACCUUCGUCCCCUUUCAACCCAUCUCCACCGCCAUCGGCAAACGCGUCGGCCAAGCACGCUGGCUCAGCUUCAUCAGUUUCGGCUGGGGGAUCCUGACCCUCGCCCACGCCUUCGUCAAGACCAAAGGCCAAGUCAUCGCUGUGCGGUUGUUGAUCGGCGUCUUUGAAGCCGGCUUCUAUCCUACGUGUGUAUCGUAUCUCUCGACAUUCUAUCCUCGCUUCGAUCUGGCAUACCGCAUCGCCCUGUUCUACGGGUCAUAUGCCGUCGCCGGCGCAUUUGGCGGCCUGAUAGCCUACGGCGUGUUCCACAUUGAUGGAAGCCUGUACAGCUGGCAAUACCUGUUCAUCAUCGAAGGGUCGAUCACGCUGCUCGUCGCCAUCAUCACGCCGUUCUGGCUUGUCGCGGGGCCGAAACAGGCGUGGUUCUUGAAGCAGCAUGAACGUGAGUAUGCCGAACGACGGAUGGUGAUCGACUCCGCCGCCAAUCUCGAUUCGACGUACAAGAUCACCAAGCGGGAUAUCCUUGAAGGCGCAAUGGAUUGGAAACUAUGGUGUGUGCUGCCAUGGAAUAUCCUGGCCAGUAUCGCGCCGCAGGGUUUUACCAUUUUCUUCCCGAUCGUGGUCAAGGGCUUGGGAUAUUCCGGUGCAACGGCAAACUUGAUGACUGUCCCUCCAUACGUGGUCGGAACCGUGGUCCUCCUGAUUGUCGCCGCCUCGUCCGACCACUUCCACGAACGCACACUGCACAUCCUCUUCGGCAUCACAGUCGUCAUCAUCGGACUGAUUCUUGACAUUGUCCUUCCGCUAGAAAACGUUCACGCCCGCUAUGGUGGCCUCGUCGUCCUUCUCGCCGGCACAUUUGUCGCCGCACCCAUCACCGUCGCUUGGUUGGCGGGCAAUACGCCAGAGCCCGGCAAGCGCACAUUCGUCCUCGGCAUCAACGGCUGGGGGAACCUUGGCGGCAUCAUCGGUAGUGAACUGUACAAGCCCAAAUACGGUCCCGAUUACCACUUCCCGCUCAAGGUCACGGCAGGCUUGAUCGGCGUCGCGUGGGUCGGAUAUGCUGCGUAUCAUUUCGAGCUCAAGUUUGCAAACAAGUAUAAAGCUCGCAAAGUGGCCCGGAUGACACCUGCCGAGAUCGAGGAAGAAAACAGAAGCGAGAAGAGGUAUGCCGAUCGUAAAUACACCUUUGUCUACUCGCUGUAACAGAACGGAGAGUGGAUUGGAGAGUGAUACUAGUAUCUGUCCAAAGCACGUAGCAGAU